UGUUUACCCCCCCCCCCCCCAAUAAAAAUGACCGUGCUACGCCCCUGCACGUACUUCCAAUGUUUUUAACUGCUCACACUUCUUGAUAUCCAAGGCGUUUGACAUUUUAACUAAAUACGUAAAUGUGGACGUCCGAAGCGAACAAUGCAUUCCUUAAGCAGAUGCGUGCUGGAUUUCUUUGACAGCUGAACACUGUAACAAUAAAAUACAAAACCCCCGUUAAAAAAAAACACCGUGCAAGAGCGCCGUACCUAGGUACACAGAUCGACGGGGCAACAACAGCCUGACGACCGGUAGGAAUCAUGGCGUAUCUACGGUCCACUACUUUUGUGUUAAUACUGGUCGUCGGUAUUUUCACUAUAUCAGCAACACUGCCGGUACUAGCGCUCGAAGAUAAUGAUUCUGCUCCCCCGUCGAAUCCCCCAUGGGUCGUUCAAUUUUACGGCACCACCAGGAUUGGAACGAUGGUCGCAGUUAUUAUAGGAUGCGUCAUCGUUCCCGUAGGACUGAUCGGAAUCCUGAUUUUGAUGAUCAAUUUUUGCGUGACGACCUGGAGACAAAGCCACCAGACCUCAAGUUGGGCCCCAAUAACCAGUAUGUUCCCUCAACGGCCACGGGACCGUCCACCACACAACGACGAUGCCAAAGAGACCGUGUUCAUGGAGCUGGACUCUGGGGACGAGGUAGGCACAGAACCAGUGGAGGAAAAGGCGCCCUCUGCCAACUAAAAUUUUUCACCGUUGCGCCUCGUGAGUGCAUGACCAUCAAAUAACACAGACUUUAUUCAUGGGUCGGCCAUAUUGAAUUUAAAGCGAGGGAAACUCUUCAUUUUUGGAACUUGGGAGUAGAAAUGCAAGCAAUGAAAUAAAAGUUAGUUACAAAUUAAUACCAGUCUGCUCUGAUGAAAAAUUUAAAAAUUGUGAUUACACAUACCCUAAUGUUUUAAGCCACAUGUAAGCCACAUAAAAAAAUGGCUUCCUCGUGACAUAAGGUCCAUUAGGUUAUGAAAAGUUGCGGGUUCACAGUUCCUAAGAACAUCUGCAGACUAGAAUUAAAGGACAUUGGUUCGAAAUGUGGGAGCAUGUUGAAAAUAAUUAUGCAGAUCCCUUUUUUCGUUCAACAUUUUGUCUGAAAAACUACGUGUGUCGACGAUUACUGAAAGAAUAGAAAGUGCAUGCCAAGCCUGUCUGCUGCCACCAAUCGUUUCAAGUCAAUAAUUAAAAAAUGAAGUUAUU